AUGGAUGCCGAUGUCGAUGCGAUCGAUAUCGAUGAUGAUGAUGACGACGAUGCUGGUAUAUUCAGCAUCGCCAAUGCCUGCCAAAGUGAGGACUAUGACGCCCUCACUGGUGAAGACAACGUUCUUGCAGCAGUGCACACGAAGCGCACUGCUGUUGACAAGGAUGAAUCGGCAGAGUAA